UGGUUGAUGUUAGGACGUGCUGAGUGUUCUGAGUGCAUGUGCGUUCAUUUCCUCUGCGUGUUUCAGGGAAUGGCUACACACGGACGAAGCCGCUCCGCUGGUGGUUCCGCUCCGCAUGGAGAGGAGCGUCGAGGGACAACGUCAUCGCCGGCAAGGGAAACGAGUCGGGGAGGUGGCGGUGGGGAGGAAGAACGACAGGCUCAAAACUUGUGGUGCGACUACAGCAAACGUGUCUGGUAUUUGGACUGGGCGAGCCAGGACGGCUCCGCCCCGUUGAAACCAACGUGCGGGCCGCUCUUGUUCGUCGUCGUUCGCGACGAUAGGAUGCGUCUCGCAUGGUCCAUCGUCGAGUGGGUCGACGAAGGUGAAUACAGUUUCAAGUUUACGUUACGGAAGCAUUACAGAAGUGAUGGUUCCAUCGACGACAUCACAAAAGGAUACAAGGUUGCCGGGAGGAUGUUCGAAACGUAUGACCGGCGUGCGAUGUCUUUGUCGUCCUUUGUCCCGCUGUCGUCGGGGCACGACAAGGCCGUUCACGUCAUAAACUUCCUCGAGGUUCGGGCGAGAUCUGAUACCUCUAUCAGUGUCGUGGACGUCGGACCUGGGACAUCGAUCAGUGGUCCUGUUGGGUUCGCGGGAGGAGAGUGCUCUGAAAGGAGAAUGGGAGGUCAGGGUGGCCUGCCAGCUACGCCUCCUGAUCAAGAGGUGGGCAUGUCAGACGACUCGGAGGACGACCAUCCGCGUGCUCCUUUGAAACCGGGCUUGCAUGGAUCUCGCCGCCAAGGUUUGCAUGGGGAGUCGAUGGCACGUGGAGGCGGCGAUGGCGAACGGUUGCAGCAGGGCUCAGAAUCGACGACUCCUCGUCGUCUGGUCGAAAGGAUCGGUUCGUUUGUUCGUGGAAUGCAGGUGGCCAAGGUUUCGCCUGGACAUCGCGCGGGUGGUUCGCAGGUUCGAGAUGAACGAGAAGCAAGUGGGAACGUCACCGGUGAGGAGGAGGUGUCUGAGAAGGGGCUGUUCCGUGAGAGAUUGGCUGAAAAGACUCAGUCGGGAGGCAAGCGCAACUUGCCAGAUGAGGAAGAGCGAGAGGGAGUAGGUGCUUUGAAAAGACAGAGAAAGGUAGGAGGGAGUGCUCGGACGCCAACAACACGAGAGGGGGGUUCCGUUGAGAAGAGGAAAAGGGUUGGAGGUGGGGAUGAAACGCCAAAAGACUCGUCGACACAACGAAGAACCGCUGAGUCUUCCGGGAAACGAUCGAAAUCAUCGAGGAGGAAGAAAGCAGAUGAGGGCGACAGCGGGAAGGGGGAUGAAGACGUGGAGAUUAACCUUAACGCCUUUAACCUCGACGAUGCGUUCUUCCUCGAGAUGAAGACAGGGGUGCAGAGGGACGUCGUGUUGCACAUCCAUCCCGAAAGAAUAUUGGCUAUUCCAGACUGGGAAGAUGCGUACAACCACCGAUCCUUGGACGAGUUCCUCGUUGAUACCAUCGCGUUGGCAAUGAUCGACUGCUACGAACGUAAAGACAUGAGAGACACGAAGCCCAUUCUCGUUCUCGCUCUGAUCGACGCGCCUCCAGAGAGGGGCGAGCCUGCUGUGCGCGUGCUGCCUAGUGACUUCGACAGCUCACAACCCGAGAAAUACUGGUAUUAUCCUAUGUGUGGACAACAUAAUGCGAGGGUGGCGAUGAAGGUGAAAGACCAUUCCGUGUUUGAGUACUACAACUUCUAUAAAUGGCCGUUCAACCCGAUCUACUUCCCUGACGACGAGUUCGAUGGCUACGCCCAUGUCAACUGCGAAGACAACAUGAAAAACAAGAAGAAUCCACCGCGCUUGCAGGUUUUGUCUAUGCGGGACAUUCGCAAUAUCUGGAAAAUUAAGGGCAAACCCCGUGUAGUGCUCGGCAAUGCUUCGAAGAAAAAGGAGGAGGUGCGGAAGUGGGUGCAGUUCAUGGCGUUGGCUAUAAAGAAGACACCGUACACGCCUUUGUGGAACCUGUCAACGGAAGAAAAAAAAAGAAAGGAAUGGGCUGAGAAACUUCAAUACUACCACCCGCUGGCCAUGGCAGAUGACUCCGUCUUCGCUUUGAGGGAGAAGUUCUAUGAGGAGUGGUCGAAAGGGAAACUCCUUGCUUCCGACGGCCAGCGUUGGACUAAAAAGCCGCCCACCCAUGAGGACGUGGCCAAGCCAGGACUCUCCACUGUGACUGACAGCCAGGGGCUGAAAAAGCACGUCUGGUAUGUGAAGGUGGACGACCCAUCCUUGAAAAAGGGCAAGGGGAAGCCAAAGAAAGGCGCGGAGGAGAAAACUUACUACGUCCAAGUUCCUGAGCCGGAUGUCCACUGCUGGAAGGAAUUGGUGGACUGGACGGACUGCGAGAAGAAAAGACUGCUGAACGGCGUCUUGAACCUUAACUUCGAGUACGAGGAAAUUGAUAAGCGGGAGUGGAAUGCCAACUCCACGUUCUUCAGGUCCAAGAAGCAACUGUUGGAAGAGUUCAAGGACAAAGGUCUCGACGACAAGCUUUGGAACGAGAGCAGAAAAUUUUUCACGGACACCGCGUACGUCAACAAGUGCGCUCAGUUUCUCGAGUGUCAACAUGACAACAACAUCAAGAGAACGGCGGCCCUCGUUAACGACCAGCAUUUCCGGGCGGAGUGGAAGCGUGUUGUCCUUUCGGUGAUCACUGAAGAUCGCGCCAAAGGCAAAAGAAACCCUCGAGGCGUUGAUGAAUGCAUCAACAUUUUGUGGACGAGGACAAGCGCCUUGACGACGCUGGCCCAGUUUAACGUCGACCCAUUGAGUGCCAUAGAUCAUAAGGAGGCGCUGGGAAAACAAGGGCAUCAGCUACGCUCCCACACUUGCGUGCUCGACUUGUCCGGAACUGUGGACCGUGUGCAAUGGGACUCUGGGGCAUUCGCGUCUCUGAGUGAGUUGAGAGGCUUCGUUUGUCAGGAAUACUCGACAUUGGUGGUAUUCGUUCCCUGCCUGUGGAACCUCUCCUUCAUGACAUCUUUGUCUGUGCUUGGGGCUACCCGAUGCUACACGGGGAAGUGGGUUCGGAAGACGACAUCGAAGAAGACGCAUCAAUUCGGAAACAGUGUCUGGGAGGAGCCGGAUGUGAUGCACAUCCUCUUCAAAGGUGAGGAUCCUUGGCUACCGACUCACCCGGUGUACGAGGGAGCUGUUGCCGAAGUCAAUGCCGCCGCUUUCCGGAGGAAACAGAAAGUGACACCCACGGAUGUGGAGCAGAAGUCUUUCAAGUCCUUGACUUUUGCGGACAUCGGAAACCUCACCCAGAGGGGGGCUCUGUACAAGGAUAGCGAGCGGAAUCCGAAUCUGUUAUGCAAUCAGUUUCUUUUCUUCUCUGGUGUGGCGGAUGCCGUGCUGUUCUUGGGCAAGCCGCACGCGCAGGUGGUGUGGAGUCUGCUUCAGCAGGGAAGGCACGUUUUGGCCGUGGAUGGGGACACAACGCAGCUUGACUACACCGUGCAGUAUGUCACCCAUGAGGUGUCGUCCAAGGCUUACCCAUGCGAUUUCCACCAUGUCGUGGUCGAGCCCGUUUAUGACCCGAACAAGGACUUGUUCUUCAAGUUGACUCCGAAGAAAAGGCGCCAGGUCUACUCCUUCGUUUACGGCGAACAACCAAGGUUGAGAUUUGACCCGCAGUACGUGAGGGUGGCAUUCGGCGACGACGACGACUUCAAUAUCGAGACUGACCAGGAAGAGAGCAUUGAGGAUGACCUCUUCGAUUUGGACGGGCAAUUGGCCAUCUUCAAUGCCCAAGUUUCUGAGUCGCCAUCAGUAUGCAAAUCGGGGACACCUUUCGCUACACCCACCUCGGGCGGUCCCACGCCCGUGUCCUCCUCAGCGCCUGUCAAGAGGGGUGGGUUGUCCCGUCUGAGAAGUUCGCCGGGGGAGCCUAUUCGUCUCACACCGCUGCCCGAACGUCUUCGACCCAGCCAUCCUGCUCCUCCUGACCAUCCGCAUCUCACGGCUCCUACAACUCCCUACCACAUGGGCGACAAACACACCUUCUCUACAACCGAAGAUUGGGGCCAUGAUAUCGUGUGGCACCCAAACCAUUUCCAACCAGUCUUUCUCGACGGCGACUGGGCAGUGGUUGUGAGGGACGUAAGUGGAAGGUGGAUAUAUGACGAUCGUUGGGACCUCGAUACAUUCAAAUCUCGUGCCAAGGAUGCGGUAUUGGAGAGAUUAAGUGAGGUCAAUCGACAAAGUAAGAACGACCCGGCUCUGCGCGCAUAUGGGGAAACGCUGUUCAAUUUCUUGCAGUCAAAUAAAUGGCUGGAAGUAUCGUCCGCGUUCUACGCCCUUCUGUCAAGCCCGUCAAUUAACCAAGUGAGUUGGGAAGUGCCUGCCGUCACCCCGCCGGCAGGAGUUGUGAAGUGCAAGUCUCGCAGAAAGGACGGCAAAGGGGAUGGUGAAGGCGGCGGGCAACGAGGUGCCGGAGGUGAAAGUGAACAGCGUUUGACGAAACAGCGGUCUCCGGGGCACGCGGGCGGUGGAGAGGGGAAAAAGGGCAGCCGGGCGAAGAAAAAGCCUCGCAGCAGAGAGAAGACAAAGCAUCACACAGUAGACGGGCAGGGGUCCGAUGUCGACCGCGACAAGGACGGUGGGGUUCUGGUGGAAGUUCGGAUUAAUCCGAACCGAGAAACCAGUACCGUUGAGAGAACACAGCGGUCUACGGAACUCGAACGGGUGGUCUGGGUUUCCGAAAACCCUGGCGGCGAAAUUCGGAUUCAUCUGAACCAGGAGGACGUGUCCGCCAUGACAGACGAUCGGUGUCAGGACGGCGUAAUGUUGUGCAUGGAAGUCCACAAGGAGCUGCAGGCAGACUGUCCGACUGAGGCUUUGGAGAUGACCGUAAUUCGGAUUUAUCCGAGACACAUGGACGAAGGACUUCAACUGGCAGGCGUUGAGGGUUGUCGACUUCUUACGACUUUGGACAAGGAUGAUUCCGUCGACAACCGGAUUGAUCCGACACUCAGCGACGUCGGCAUGGAGCAACAAGUUCAGCCGGCAUACGACGACCCCGUGUACUCCGGCCUUCAUGAUGAGGCGAUGGGAGAGGACGUUCUGAAGAAGUCCUCUGACGCUGCUGGAGAUAGAUUUCUCUAUUUGAGUGACGACGAUAAAGACACAGCGCACGAGGACAAGAAGUUAAGGGGGGGAGAGGUGUUGUUGGACAGCCAUGGGACCUUGAGCACAACAGAAUACGACACAGUGGCGAUGGAGAAAACCCGACCUGUCGAUGUUGUGGACGUCGAUGCUCUUUGGGAAAUUUAAGCCCUAAAAAAAGAACAAAUGAUGACAUCAUGACACUACGCCAGCGCCAUACGACCGAAAACAAAACAAAAAAAA